AUGAUAGCUUCAAUAAGAAGUAAAAUCUCCUUUGAUUUAUAAUUUUAUUAUUAUAUAUCAUUUAUAACUUUGCAAAUAUUAGGUUAGCUUAUAAUGCAUUUCUUGCUCGUGAUAAAAAUUCGAUGAUAAAAAUAAAAAAUUACCUAUUAUCGAUUAAUUCUGUAUUUUUUUUUUUUUUUUACAAUUGUUUAUUUCUUUCUAUGGAAUUUUAAUGGCAACAGCUUUCAUUGAUUGAAAUUCUGAAAAACCGAAUCGCUUAUGGAAAAAUUUCUAUCAGAAAUGAACAUAUCCAUAAAUCUAAUAAAUUGCGUCGAAAUCUUGCGUAUACUUUCGACAGUAUAAUUGACAAUAUUUUUGCCGAAAUUUAUGUGAGUUCAUUUUAGUAUACAUGAUCCAUUUUGCGUUGAUCGAGAAUCUGCUCUACGAAGAAACCAUAAAAAUAUUUAAAGCUUAUAAACGAAAUAAUAAAACUUGUCGUUUUUAAAUCAUUUAAUGAGAAUUCAAGCCAAUUUAGAGUAUAAAAUUUCGAGAAACAUAGCUCGAAUAUUUAUGAGACGCGAUAAACAAUUAAUUAUCUAAACGUUUGAUUCUAAUAAGAAUUUCACGUUUCGAUUGGGUCACUCACGUGAUCUCAGAAAUUCACCUUCCAGAGGUUUUAAUUUAAGAAGUAUUAUAUAAUUAUACUUGCUUGAAAUUAUUGUGUCAAUGAUCUGACAAUAAAUAAUAGGAUUAAACAAUAAAUCUACGGAAUUCUUAGAUAAUUUUAAUCAGUCAACCUGUCAUACCUCUGGCCUAAAAUUCCUAAAGGAAUUGACGAUGGGACAUGUUGUUCGCAGGUCGACUUACGACACCUGGCCCAGACCGAAGACUCGAACCGCAUCGACGUCGGGAUCGACCUGACCGACUAUUACAUUUCCGUCGAGUGGGACAUCAUAAAAGUGCCUGCCGUGAGGAACGAGGCGUUCUACAUAUGCUGCGAGGAGCCCUACCCCGAUAUCGUGUUCAAUAUCACCCUGCGCCGCAAGACCCUCUUCUACACGGUGAACCUGAUCGUACCGUGCGUGGGCAUAUCUUUCCUCUCGGUGUUGGUGUUUUACCUGCCGAGCGACAGCGGCGAGAAGGUCUCGCUGUCGAUUUCGAUAUUGCUGUCGUUGACGGUGUUCUUCCUACUGUUGGCCGAGAUCAUACCGCCCACGUCGUUAACGGUGCCGUUGCUCGGCAAGUACCUGCUGUUCACGAUGGUACUGGUCACCCUGUCCGUGGUGGUGACGAUCGCCGUGUUGAACGUGAACUUUCGCUCGCCCGUCACCCACCGUAUGGCGAAGUGGGUGCGGGUGGUGUUCAUACAAGAGGAGGAGGAGGAAGAGGUGGGGAGGAACGGCGUCGGUGUCGUCGGCGUGACAGCGGACGGCGAGCCGGUCGACGAGGACGACGACGACGACGACGACGUCGAAGCGACCAACGGGAAACCGCCCGAGGGCAUGCUCACCGAUGUGUUCCAUGUACAAGAGACUGAUAAGUACGACACGUACUACGGCAACAGGUUCAGCGGGGAGUACGAGAUACCUGCACACGGGUUGCCACCGUCGGCGACCAGGUACGACCUAGGCGCUGUGGCCACCGUGGGCACCGUAGCGCCCUGCUUCGAGGAGCCACUACCCUCGCUGCCACUGCCGGGGGCUGACGACGACCUCUUUGGCCCGGCCAGCCCCGCAUACGUUCACGAGGACGUCAGCCCCACAUUCGAGAAGCCGUUGGUUCGCGAGAUCGAGAAGACCAUCGACGACGCCAGGUUCAUCGCUCAGCACGCCAAAAACAAGGACAAGUUCGAGAGCGUGAGUACACGUUGUUGCCAUUGUCUUUCUCUCCCUUCUUCUUUUUUCCUCAAAAUACGAUGUAUUUCGUUUGAGAUUGUUGUUCAUCGAUUGUUUUUGGUAAUUUCAAUGGAUUAUAUAAGUCAAAAAUGUAGGAAUUUGUUGUAUGCACAUUUUAGGAAUUUUUAUCAAAGAUCGAACAAACUGUGGAACAUUUUUAUAAGUUUCGUGAAGAUUCUUUUCAAAUAUAUUCUCACGUUAUAAGUUCUAAUGAGAACAGACAAAAAAAGUUUCGGUCUGAAUGAUACUUGUAUGAAACUAGAACAUAUUGAAUGGCACAAUAUGAAAAUAGAAAUCUUUCUAUAUGAAGAAUCAGAUAAUUUGUUCGUUAAAUAGUUAUUACAAUUAAAUUUAUAUUUUAAAUAUGUUAUUUAUUUGUAACAUUCAGUUCAAAACUUGUUUCUCUUUAGAACAUGAUUUAGAAAUGAACAGUUAG